UACGCUCGUUUACAUAACAUUGCGUCAAAGGGAUUAAGGUUAGGAUCAAGGUUAAUGUUUGUUAGGAUCAAAGGAUCGAAGUAUCAGGGUCAAGGAGGAGGAUGUCCUGAAGAUCACCACAUGCCUGCAGAUGGCUUAGCACAGGGUACUUGAGAACAAUAAGCAAAAUGGAGAAGAUUCUAAGAUUCGGUCGCAUGGUGUUCAUCUACGACACCGAAUGCUGUCAACAUGAGGCGGACGACCCAACGGAGGCUAUUUGCUUCCUGCAUCCCGGCGAAGAGGACGAAGAGGAGGCGGGCGCCGUGCGCAGCGACGCAUUGCACCUGGUCUGCCAGCUCAUGGGCACUGCCCUUUUCGCGGAGCGCAACAUGGCCUCGUUGCCCGUGCGCAUCCGAUUGCACCACGGCGAGUUCGUGCUGCACAGGGAAGGUCGCUUCAUAUGGGCCAUGCACACCUCGAGCGAGGACGAGACGUACGUGACGCGGCGCCAGCUGGCGAUGGCGCGCCAGGUGCUGCAGCUGCUGCACGGCGGCCUGGCGGAGCUGCUGGCGUCGGCGGCCGACCGGGCGGCGCUGCGGCGGCGACUGCGGCGCACCCUGUGUCCCCUGAUGACCGGCACGAGGCCACGGCCGCCGCUCGAGCGCAUCUUCGACGCCCUGCCUCGCCUCGACUGGGCCAAAAAGGACGACUUCAUUGGGCAGCAGCUGUCUGAGGUGCAGACGGCGGCUUCGGCAGUAGCCGGCGUUCUUGCCUGCAUUGUCUGCUGGGAUGGACAGGUCAUAUCAAGUGAAUACAUCGAAGAGAUCGCCCAGGUUCUGGUUUUCAUUCAUUGGCUACCAGAGGACGCGUUCGCGCUGGUGGACGUCGACUUUGUCUUGCCGCCGGCCACCAUGCUGGCCGCUGUGCACGUCCCUAGUCAGGCGUACCGCACGCUGCAGAAGAAGGCGGAGCCGAUGUGGAAGAACAGCGGGCCGCGCGCCAAGCGGGCGUCUUUGCCCACGGCAUCGAGUGACGUGGCGCCUCUGGACGUGAUCGAGGAGCGGCCGGAGGGGGUGGCCGAAGCGGCCCGUCACACGGCCUCGCAUAGCAGCUCUACGCAGGACGGCGCCGACGUCAGGGGGAUCCGACCGAACGGCGGUCGACGCCGCCGGCGCCGCGCCGCCGCACUCUCGGCUGAGUGCGCGCGCGCCGAGCCGACGGCGCCGCCGCGGGUGGACGACAUCCCGGUGCGGCGGCUGCGCCGACUGCCGCGGCAGCGCUCCAGCCGGCCGCGGCGCAGCCUCUCCGAUCUGGACGUGCCCGAGCCGUUCUCCAACCUGGCCUACCUGAAGUGCAAACAGCCGGACCUGUACCGAGACGAGCUGCGCAAGCUGCAGGCGCGGCUGCGUGACAACCAGCCGACCUUCACGGCCGUGCCGGCCAACCCGUACAGCUUCGGCAUCCCGCGCUCCAACCGGCUCUACACGCCGCGGCCAGGCGGCGCGCCGGCGCCCCGCACCUCUCCGCUGCCUUCGCUGGGCCGCACUCUCUCGUGGCGACCGUGGCGCGCAGACGGCGCCGGCUACGCCUCUGAGAGCGCGCGGCCGGUGGGCCUGGCGCGUGGACCGCGGCGGCGCUUCUUCAGCGACGGAGAGGAGGGUGGCUGGCGGCCGCGGCAGCUGGCCCAGCUGGUGAGCGAGGUCGGCCAGUGCUCCCCGGCCGCGCCGCAGCCGCAGCCGCCCCACCGCACUACGCCGGCCACGCUUUAUGUCAAGGUCUGCGGCAAGCUGAAGUGUUACGUCAUUGUUGAGCAGGACAAGGAGAUUCUGCGUGACGUUGUAGAGGUGCUGGAGCGCACCACGGGCCGCGGUCUGCAGGAGCUGGAGUGCAUGCUGCGCAGCUACCGCACCAUCCCGUCCUUCCACGGGCAGCACUACAGCUACGCGGCGUGCAAGCCCUACGCCGGCGGCCGGUCGGUGGAGACGGAGGGUGCCGCUUACCUGGACGGCCGCCUGCUGCAGAUGGUGCACGCGGAUCUGGUGGCGGACCGGCUCACCGACUGUAGGAUCAGGACGCCGACGGACGUACUGCUGGCGGAGCGCAGCGGCCAGCUGGAGACCUACUACCAGCAGCAGACGUCCGGCCACCAGCACGGCCUGCCCGUGGUCAACGGGCCGCUGUCGCGCCUCGGCGACCGCGCCCGCAAACGGCUCGGCAAGAACCACGGCCUGAUGCUGGGCUGACCGGCGCAGUCCGGGGCCGGCGGCCGGCCGCCCAGCUGGUGAAGCAAUCGGCCUGAUGCUGGGCUGACCGGUACAGCCUGGGGUCGGUGGCCAGCCGCCCAGCUGGCGAACUGAUCGGCCGCGUGUCUGAGCUCAGGCGCCCAGUGGACUGCUGACGCGUGGCCAGGCGGCCUUAACGCGUCAAUGCCUUCCUUUUUUGCGGUGGACGGUGAGCGUGUGACGACACUGCAGUUUGCACUGGGGGAAGCUGUAGCCCGUUUUUAUGUUUAACAACGCUUGUUCUGUCUGGCCUUCAUGUGACUAUCUGGCCUGACAUCACGAGGUAUCUGAACAGAAGCUCCAAUGGGAGACAGAUACAAAGGCCAGAGAGCAAAGGUAAAUGGUAAUAUAUGCCAAACUGGCAUGUGUCAAACAGCAAAGUCUUAAUCGAUAAAAAAACACCAGGCAUAACUCUUGAAACACAAAACCGUCAACGGAGAAAAAGCGACAUGGGUUAAAAUUUAAAAAAAACGAUAGCCAAAAUUAAUGCGCGACUUCGAGGACAAAACAAACAUGUAAAGGGGCAAAAGAGCAUGGCCGCUGGGGAGAUCCACGUGGGACAGUGGCAGAUGUGUCCCCAAGGUGGGACCUUGCGUAGGUACCCGUACGGUACUGCGGGCGCCGCUGUGCAAUGUUUUGAGCCCCCAAUUCAUCACUACACCUCAGAACGUCUGUUUAUCCCUCUUCCGACCGACCAAAGCCCUAUAUGCGUCCAUGCCCUGGGUAUAGGCAUAGCCAUAGGUGGGGUACGUGAGUUGCAGGGCCCAGUAUCGAGGACGAUAUUGUCAUGGAACUCCGAAGGAAGGCAAAGGGCUUACGGAUUUGUGCGGGCAAGACAGUAUUGGAGCUGCGAAGUGACGUUCUGAUCCCAGUAUGUUGGAGAGUUAUCAGUGCCAUAUAUCUUGUUAUGUAGACGAAGGAACUCGUUUACCGCACGUGACAAUAAUGUGACCAUGCAUGCCAUAUAUAAUAGUUUACCCAUGACAUGACCAAAGCACGCCCAGCUUACUAUGGGUGGGUGGAGCGUCGGGGUUUGACGCUUCACACGUAGCUGGGGAAGAAAUCAGGAACGUCCAGUCACCCACCACCGCCGCCGAGCUUAGUUCUGCUGAUGGAAGAGAGAAAAAGUAGCAUCCACGUAUGGCAAUGGCAGGGCCGCUGCCCUUGCGACCAACGACGUGUGUGACUGGUGUUGGUGCGGCCCCUUCAGAGAGGUCGUCAUUUACCUCUCGGUAUGACACGGUAUCACCUCCGGCUGUGUGAUGCUCCACACACGCCGCUAUGUGCCUGGUCGCCGUUUACCUCUCGGUAUGACACGGUAUCACCUCUGGCUGUGUGAUGCUCCACACACGCCGCCAUGCGGCUGGUCGCCGUUUACCUAUCGGUAUGACACGGUAUGACCCGUGGCCGUGUGAUGAUCCACACACACCGCCAUGUGGCUGGUCGCCGUUUACCUCUCGGUAUGACACGGUAUAACCUCUGGCUGUGUGAUGCUCCACACGCGCCGCCAUGUGGCUGGUCGCCGUUUACCUCCUGGUAUGACACGGUAUGACCCCUGGCCGUGUGAUGCUCCACACGCGCCGCCAUGUGGCUGGCCCGCGUUGGUGUACGAGAGCGCGUUCGGCCACUGCAGAGAGGCAAGAGCGGGAUCAAUUUUGAUACAGUUUCUGAGUGGGUUUUGCGCUCGCACCACAAUGUUAUAUGCGUGAAAGCCAUUGGAUUGUGUGAUCCUCUGCUGUGUUCUGAUAUUAUUCUGCUGUAAUUGAUGACAGGGUAAGAACUAGGUAACCUUUGUCGCUCGAAUUGUGGGUUUCAUAUGGGAUCAUUUCCUUUUAAAGCAGAACGAUGGUACUUAAACACGAAAUACCUUUAUCAUAUGUUUAUGGGCUUCAUUCAGUAUGGUGGCAGACACGUGUGGAAACACAUUAUAAAUGUAAGACUCUGUUUUGGGUCAGGGGCUGUGUCUAAGGCCAUGUAGCCGGGGAGGGUCAUCUGGUCCGAAAAGGUGGUAACAUCCAUGUCUCCGGUUUUGAUCACUAAUCCGCUGUUGAAUCCAGGUUCAUCACGCAAUAUAAGUUAAAUUGUAUGUGGGAUGUGGGGGUUAGGGGAUGGUACCAAAAUGCUCUGCAGCGGGAGUUGUGAGCGCCAAAAAGCAGUUCACGCGCAUCGAACCUGCAACAGACUUUUGUCAGUGCGAUUCAUGGGCCAAUUUGUAGCGAGCUAGGAGGGAGUUUUGUGUCCUUAUGUCGAGUCCUUGGCACAUUCCGCCCGGUCGGUAGGCGAGAGGGGUAGAUACCAUGCACACGCGACAAUGUUUAGACCAUGAACACGAAAUUAUCGGGAGUGCUGUACAUCUGUGCACAGCCGCGCAUGCUUACAGUGCAUCACCGGAACACAUUUUGAAGCGGUUUGUACGGAGUCAUGUCAGGUGACUGAGCUCUGGCGUCAUCCCAGAACGCCGCAGAACCAUGGCAGUUUGUUGUUCUUUGACAAGAAAUUAGUCCGCCACUGCUCUCGAGUGUCUUCUUGUGUUUCUGCCUGGAAGAAAAUGUGCUUCCUCCCCUCGCCACUUGUUAAAGGUUGUUUGGUGGUCCGAUUAAUGAAAGCUAUUUCCCUUUAAAUUCAAGCUCGUAGUAGUCACUAGGCUGUUACCAUCUGUAGUAACAUGUUCCGACCACACCAGAUGGCGUCAGGUCAACAGCUGAUUUCAGGCAGAAAUCUGACAUGUAUCAAUCUCCCACAUCCGUGCCGAACCAUACCGGCUACCCUUUCGGUGAUUCGGUGGCGCCACCCGACUCUGUGGGUGACUAGGUUCAUGACGCAUCACACUGCCUGUUCCGGUCCUGACCGUGGUUAAAAGCGCGUGAUUUUAAGGAUGCCCAUUGUGCAUAUUCAGCUGUGUACGGUACCCACUGUGUGUGCAUAUGUUGGACACAUAUUCAAAUGUCCCAUCACGUCAUACUGAUCCGCUGGAAUAAAAGAAGUCGCG